CAGACACUCCAGGCCCUGCAGCUCCAGGAGCCCAGACACAGCAGGUGAAGCCAAACCCAGCAGCUGCUGCAGCCAUGUCCACCUUCAGCCUGCUCCUUCUGGGCCUGCUCACUAUGGUGGCCCCUGCCAGCUGUCAACAAGGUGUGGGGAGACUGCAGCCCUGGAUGCAAGGCCUCAUCGCCGUGGCCGUGUUCCUGGUGCUCGUCGCCAUCGCCUUUGCUGUCAACCACUUCUGGUGCCAGGAAGAGUUGGAGCCCGCGGACAUGGCUAUGACUGUUGGAAACAAGUCCGAUGGGGUCCUGGUGGGCAUGGACGGAAAGUACUCCUCGACGGUGGCCGGCUUCAGGUCCAAUGAGCACGUGAAUGCCUAUGAGAAUGUCCUGGAGGAGGAGGGCAAGGUCCGCAGCACCCCCAUGUGACCCACGCUGACCUGUUGCCCCAGCCCGAGGCCCGCAGGCACCUGUGAGCAGAGCUGUUCAUCACCGCCAACCAAGCCAUUGCUCUGCCCUUGGGGAUGGGAUGUCUGCUCAGCAUGGCCCCCACAGUUCCACCCUGACCUGUGGGAAGGGCCCUUAUUUCUGUGAAAUAAAGACUUUUUGUACUCCUGG